UGCGUUACACCGCCUGCGUUAUCAACGCCAUCCGAGCUCGGCUCUCUUGUCGCCACCGCAUACCAAAAUCCUGAUUCUAAUCCUAAACCCUAGCGAGAAACAUCGAGCUCCAGACGUAAGAAAGCGGAGAAAGAAUGCGUCCACGGCAGGCGGAAAGAUCCAGAACAAGGAUGGUGGCGGAGGUCGUCACGUACGUUGUGGAUCUCGAGCUCGGCACCCACAUGGUCCUCUGGCUCAAUCGAUGAGUCCACCCCGCACACCAUUCCCCUCAAGGUGCUUUCUUUCUGUAGGUUGUUUGCCCUAACCUUUUGGCAAAGAUUAGGAUCCGUGGGUGAAUUUGGUCUGGGUUGCUCAAUUGCGUCGAGGUUUUGUUAUUGCUGUGUUCUCCCAAUUUAUUUCGUUGAUUCUGAUCUCUUCUCAACUUGGAGAAGAAAGCUUCUUGGUAUUUGAGCUGUGUGUGGUUAAAAUUCCAUUUAUUGAGUUUCAUGUCAUGGUUUUCAUGUAACUGAGCUUCUCAAUUUGGAAUUCGUAGGUUCUUGGUACUCCAGCUAUUUUCCAUCUUUCGAGUUGAAGUCAUGGUUUUUACGUAACCAAGACUUUGUUUUAGGAAAUUAAACGGAUCAUUUUUUUUUCCACGCUCAAAAUGAUACAAACAACUCAGACCCCGAAGUCUCAAACUAAAACAAGAAAAAAAAAACUUUUUUUUUUUGAGACACUUCUAAACCGAAUUAAGAAGCCAUGGGUUGUAGGAAUCUACUUGGUAUUCAGGGGUGAGAGGUUUGCUCUUGUUAGAAUGUUUAGAUGGGUGUUGUGAUUUAAGGUUUGUGUAUGUAAACUUUAGUGCCUUGGGAUUGAUUUUGAGGAUCUUUCAAAUAGAAAUAGUCAAGGUACCUGGGUUUAAUAAAAAACAAUAUAUGACUGUUCUUGGUCAUGAUAUAAAAGGUCCUGAUAUUCUGGACCAAGUCUAGUCUAGCGAUGUAUAAUUUUUCUUGAUAUGGAUCUAGCCCAAACCAGACCCAACCCAUGAACAGGUCUUUACUCAGUGAGAUCUGUGGUUUCUUACUGUGCCACCUUUUUUAACCUCAGGUACCCCUCUAUCUAGUGUGUAUUCCCAAAUCUUCGAUAUAAUGAUAGUGUUAGAUGCACUUGUUUACGUUGAGGGGCAUGUUCGGAAAAUGCAUGAAUUACAUGCUUUCCUAAAUGAUCCUUGGUUGAGAAUUGCUGUUGUACAUCUGGAACAGUCCAUUGAUCAUGUUCAAGUGAGAAGGAGUAUCUGCAUGAACUUCAAUUGGAUCAAGAAGUAUAGAGACUUGGAUUGUGGCAAGUACUUGUAACAUGAUCCAACUGUCAUCAGCUAUACUCUAGAUCAUGGAGAAAAUAAUUGUCAGCUGUAUUUAUCUUAGUUGUCUUUGAAUUGACUGUUGUCCGGGCCAUGUGUGGGUAAUGGUUCUAGUGUUCUAUCAAUCAUCACAAAAUAUUUGAUAGGUAUGCAGCUACUAUAUGUACCUUCACAUUCUAUUGCAAUCUUAUUUUGGGAGUGUCUUCUAUAUAGGCUGACUGUGUAGCUUUGUAUGUGCCGUCUCGAUGAGCCUUCAUAAUUGAAAGUUUGGUCACGUAAGCUUGUCUUUUUUUGCAGAAACUCUAGGUAUUUCUUGCCAACCUCUUUAGAAGCUCUUUUCUCUGUUCAAACCAACUGUUUGAUUUCUGAUUCUCAGUAGACGACAGUAGCUGCUAUGACCAUUAUAAUGGAACCAGUCAAAUCUGUAGCAUAGUGAAGAACCUCUUGAAGAUUCCUAGAGGAGAAAGAGAUGUAAGAUAUAUUCAACCACUACUAUAUAAAGAAUCAUGGUUGAUACAGCUGUGGAUUGUGUAACAAGAUGAGUGGUUGGAUUUUAACAAAGUGGUUCAUAAAUAUGAAGAUGUGGAAAUAUUACUUGUGGACUGUCGAUGUACGCCAUCAUUUACUGAGAUGCAGAUCCAUCGUGGAGGCAUACAAGUUGAAUAUUUUUGAGGGUUAUGUUACUUCCCUUUGAACAUUUUGUUUUCUGUCACAUAAUCAACGCACAAUUAGUGUGAACUCAAUUAGGAAAAAAGAAUGUCUAUUAUACCAAGAAUUUCAGUUGGACUGAGUUUCAUGUAUUUGAUCUAAUUAUUGAAUAAAUGACUAAUAUUGCAGUUUUUAAGAGAUGCAGUGAAAAAGGAGAACAGUGGAGGAGCUAGACCCUUGGCUUGGAAUUGCAAUUACUUCUGACCAUGGGCUCUGAAGGUAUAUUGAAAUUUCUGCCCUAACAAGCGUCACCUUUGUCUACUGCUGCAACUGGGGUCAUUGAUGAAAUUGUGGAGCAAGACAUAGUUGAAUGAAUGUGGUGCCAUACCGAGGAACUGGAUCCACGUUGCCAUUAAGAAACACAGUGCAGGUUGUCAUUGUUGCAGAGAUGGUCAGUGGUUCUUCGUCUUUGCUGAUCUGCACCGCACCCCCCCAGAAUGAUACACUCAAGGCAACGCGGUCAUUUGUGUUGAAACCAGGAUGCCGACUGCCGGCCCCUUCGAUUCAACAGCUGACCCGCCAGUUGCAGACCUUAACCUGCACGUGAGUGCACAAUGAGCGUCGCCAUCUGGGUAAUGACGGGACGAUGAAACAUUACCUAAUCUUCUGUCCUCAUACUGUGUGUUGUCCGUAGUCACAAUCAUGCAGCAGCUGCCUCAUGGUUGGAUCAUGAGGAGCUGUAUCGAAGCAGGACGUGAUCGCACGACAGAUGCAGGCGAUCGCCUCGACCGCUGAAGUGACUGCUGUGUCCACGCAGAUGCAGCAUCUCGUACCGUGCCCUCCUGCACAUGUAAUUCCAGUUGCAAGCACUAAACGUAAAUAUUAUCACCAAGUACACGAACCCCACCAUCAUUGAAAUCGAAAGCUUACGGUCAUGGUGGAGCACACUCUGUACUCUUCUGCUAUCGUGGUUCACUGCCAUUGGCCGGGGGUAAAGGUGUGUCCAUGUGGCCUAAACGUAAAUAUUAUCACCAUGUCUGCCAUGUCGGCCAACUUAAUGGCAUCGACAUCAAACCAAGGCGUACGGUAAACGAUUUGGAAUAAUCUUAGGGCCCCAUCUCGACGCUACCUCGGGUCGGGGGAGUGCUGCAAGAGUCGUGCAACUAUGAUGUACCGGAGGGAUGAUGAUGAGCUCAUUGGAUCCCGGUUGAGACAUCAACCAUUCACACAUACUGUACUACUCGACCAGUAGACGACGAAGGAUGCAAAUCGAAUCGGUCAAGAUGUUAUCCAGCAUGUAAAAUGCUGCCCUCUCUCUGUCUAUCUCAAUCUAUCUGCCUUCUACUUUUCUGGCAACCGCCACAUGAUUGAGUCCUUGUCUGCCCCCACGCCAAGAUCAAAAGGGUUCUCCCGUUCUCCAUUAGCCACUGUCGCUUUCUCCCACUCAUUUAAGCCAAGGAAAAUAAAAUUAAAUUAAUCUGGAAAAGAUCUGUUGGGGGAUCCCAAAAUCCUACCAAGAUUUACCAAAGUGGAAGGGUUGUUUUUUUAUCCUGUUGCGUUUGUUGGUGUUGAUUUCAGAGAGCAGUGUGGGUUGUUGCCAUUGCUCGGUAUUUGGAUUCCGUGCUUGCUUCCUUGGUUUGGUCCCUUUCCAUCCUCCCCUGUGCCUCUGGAGAUCUCCUGAGGCCUUUGCUCGCUAUCCUUUUUCCUUGAUCAGUGGGAGGAAACAUGAGGAGGCCAUCACCUCUUCCUCUUCCUUGUCCCAUUUGGAUCCUCGGCUUCUUUCUCUUGGCUGCGCUCAUCGAUGCCCAAAUGCCAUUCAUGGCUUCCCCCUUUCCUUCCCCCAAUGCAUCCUCUUGGAACCGGUCUAUCUCUCUGUCUCCGUCGUCUCUCACACCGCCUCCUGCAGCCAUGCAAAUCAUCGUACGGAUUCAACAUCACCAUUACCACAAGGAACUGAUCGUGGCAAUCAUCCUUGCCUCUGUUGCGGUGGUAGCGAUCGUAUCGUCAACAGUUUGUGCCUGGAUUUUUUGGCAAAGGAGCCGCAAAACUCUUAAUUCAGAGGACAUUGAAAGCUCAGAUGCUGGUAGAGGGACACCAUUUGGACCAAUUUUGGGCAAGUUCAAUUCCUCGAAGGUGUCAAAGAAAGAACUGAUGAGUGUGAUUGACUAUGAAUCGUUAGAGUUGGCAACAAACAAAUUCAGCGAGAGUAAUAUCUUGGGGGAAGGUGGAUUCAGUUUUGUUUAUAAAGCUUGCUUCGAUGGUGAAGUCUUUGCUGCAGUGAAGAGAUUAUCUGGUGGGGGACAGGAUUGCGAAAGAGAAUUCGAGAAUGAGCUGGAUUUGCUUAGAAGAAUUUGUCAUCCGAACAUAGUAUCUCUUCUUGGUUAUUGUGUGCAUGAGGAUGCUCGGUUUCUUGUAUAUGAAUUGAUGCAAAAAGGAUCUCUGGAAGCACAACUUCAUGGACCAACUCAUGGAUCAGCUUUAACAUGGCAUAUGCGAGUAAAAAUUGCCCUUGAUAUAGCAAGAGGAUUAGAAUAUCUUCAUGAGCACUGCAACCCUCCAGUGAUUCAUAGGGAUCUUAAGUGCUCCAAUAUUCUUCUGGAUUCAGACUUCAAUGCAAAGAUUUCAGAUUUUGGCCUUGCGGUGACUGUCGGGAACCAUAACAAAGGUGGCAUAAAGCUUUCAGGCACUGUCGGCUAUGUAGCCCCAGAGUAUCUAUUGGAUGGUAAGCUCACCGAGAAGAGUGAUGUUUAUGCGUUUGGAGUUGUUUUGCUGGAGCUUCUGAUGGGUAGAAAGCCGGUUGAGAAAACUGCACCAUCGCAAUGCCAAUCACUUGUCACGUGGGCUAUGCCUCAGCUCACUGACAGAUCAAGGCUUCCGAAUAUAGUUGAUCCAGUGAUCAGGAACAAAAUGGAUCUGAAACACCUAUAUCAAGUUGCCGCUGUAGCUGUACUGUGUGUGCAGCGAGAACCAAGUUACAGGCCACUGAUAACUGAUGUGCUUCACUCUCUCAUUCCUCUCGUUCCUACUGAACUCGGGGGUACGUUGAGAGUCACCGAGCCAUUAUCAUGUGUGAAUCAAAAAUCUUCUGCUCACUAAUCACACAAAGUAUGACAAUCACCUUAGCAAGCUUGUUAGUAGCACCGAAGGCUACACUUUUCUCUUGUUGAUGCCCUUAUAUUUUUUUUCUGUUCACUUGCAUAAGCGAGCAUCGUGUAUAACUUUUAAAUGAAUUUAGUCACUGGUAGAAUUGAGAUGAAAUGAACCCCUCAUAGAAGAUCUGUUUUAUUUUGGGUGAAAGAAAUCAACGCAGGGUGGUUUUGUCACCGAAGAUAAAAUAGUAUGGCUUGCUUAUAAAGUAUCAGGACUUUUUUUUUUCUCCAGAAAAUGCAAAGGAAAUUUGAGUUACUUGAAAUUCUUGAACUGCAUGAUGGAAACCCUUAUUAUACAUAUCAGUACCAUUUUGUGA